AGUUUGCCUACGGCGGACACCCGUACCCGUUCUCAGGGAUCUUUGAGAUCACACCCGGCGACGCCACCGAACUCGGCGAGACAUUUAAGUUCAAAGAAGCCAUCGUCUUGGGCAGCACCGACUUCACAGAAGAAGACGUGGAGCGGAUCGUGGAGGAGAUGGGGAAGGAGUACAAAGGCAACGCCUACCACCUCAUGCACAAGAACUGCAAUCACUUCUCCUCGGCACUGUCGGAGGUAAGUACACACAGACACACACACACACUGUCCUGUUUGGACAAACGCAAAGCUGAGGUGCCACCUAGUGCUGAAACGCAACAUUCAUUUGUCUUUUAAGUAGAGCAGAAAGAGUGGUCCUCACUCCCCAUGUGCAUGUCUCUGGACCUCACCUUGGUGCAUUGACAGGAGUGUGUGUAUGUGUACGUGUACUUUCAAUCAGCUUAUCCUGGUGUGACUAAUGAGCAGGGAGUCUUAUAGUUAGCAUCUAGCACUGAGAUGGGGAUUAAGACACUGAUACAAGCCCAGACAUGCAGCGCCAGCUGACACACACACACACACACACACACACUCUGACAGAAAACACACAGAUGUAAAGACACAGAGUUAAAUAUGCAGACAUUCACACAUCCGUGGACACAAAUAGAUGCAUCACAUGGAUAAGAUGACACAUUAAGUGAAACAUAGACAGAAUAUGAAGUAACACUCAGCCGAUACGCUGCUGCCCUCAGGACUUGAUUCUCAUGAUGACGGUGACCUCAUUGUUAAGGGAGGCAGAGGACGACAUGAUUGGACACGAGGCUGGUUGUUGCAGCUUCGGGAGAUCGAGCGUAAAGAUUAAUUCUCCAGAGAGAGUCGACGCUUCAGCUCCGUGUCUCGUUACGUGUUCAGAUUAUCUGUCGUUCACUAAUCGACCUCACAUCACUCUGUGUGUUGGGCAAAGUCACCAAAACCCCAAAACUGCCUCGAAGUUCACCUCCAAAAACACCUGAAGGUGUCAAAUGUGACAGAAAGUUCACACUACACGACACCACUAAAAUACAACAUUUACUGCACAUUUAAAUAUCUUAACACUUGAUCCAUGUGGAGGAUUAUUGUUCAUCCAUGUCUCUUAACAUAAAAAGAAAAAAGGCUCCACAUGUUAGAAAUAUGAAACUAUUCACAUGUUCCAGCCUCUCCUCCUCUCUCCUCUCCCCUC